AUGCGGCGCUGCGACGAGGUCCCCGAUUCCGAUGAUCCCUACGCCUGCUUCGCGAAGCUCUUACCUCUCAAUGACUGCAGAUACGGCUUAUACGAUGCCACUUAUGAAACUAAAGAGUCCAAGAAAGAAGACUUGGUAUUUAUAUUUUGGGCCCCUGAAGGUGCGCCGUUAAAAAGCAAGAUGAUUUAUGCUAGCUCGAAAGAUGCUAUUAAGAAGAAGUUUACAGGGAUCAAACACGAAUGGCAGGUUAAUGGUUUAGACGACAUUCAGGACCGCUCAACCCUGGCAGAGAAGUUGGGCGGAAGUGUGGUCGUAUCGCUGGAGGGGAGACCAUUGUAAACUCAACAGCCAUGUGCCAUCUGGAUUCCACACGCUUUCAUCUUAGCAGCUGUCUCUAUCAUAUGAUCAUGAAGGAAUACUCCUAGUUUGUCGUUAUUUCCUUUUUCUUUUGUUUUUCCACAUUAAAGAGAUCUCAUUAACAUAUGUAAGAAAAAAAUCUACCAGUUGAAUGCUAGCUUACUUUUGCAGUUAGCUUUUAUAACGUCCCCAAAGAACUUUCUGCCUCCCUCUUUGUGUUUUGCCAAACGACAGUAGAAAGCUUGGAUGAGCAGAUAUUAAGAGUUGAUAUGAUGUAUUCACAGAGAUAUUCUAUUAUGCUGUAAGAAGACUGCUGUACAUUAAUGCCUCACAGCAAUGUGUUAACCGGUGACAAGCACUUUACACGUUUGAAACUAUUUAUUUGAACUCUUCUACCUAAUUUGGCUCUUUUGACAUGGCGAACACAUUACGUUUAUGCAGAUCAACGAAGCACUUUUGGUUUUUACACUACCAGUUGAAGGAGGACUUUCUGGAAGUUCUUUGUCUGUCAGCACGGAAUAGAAGUUACCACAGUUUUCAUUCCUGUUACGCAUAUGGACAUAAACAGAUGAGUUC